AUAUUUGUGCAUACAUACUAUUAUCAGACCUGCUCGCGGACCUGCACGCAGCCGGAGGGACAGAAACCAACUCUGCGCGGGGAGUCAGGGAGGCGCACCUUGAAGUGCCCGAAUUGGUGGAGGUGCACCCCUUACAGCCUCUUUCCUUGCAUUCAUAUGCACUUAGAGCUUCAUAAACGCUAGGGUUCGCGUGUUUGCGUGAGGUUUGGAACCACUCGGCCGCAUCCGCAUGCCUUUCCUCCACAACGCGCCGGAGCGGCUCGGCGCGUCGCUUCGCACGUGGGCGAAGGACGUGCAGGAGCUGCAGCAGCAGCGGAGGCUUCGAGGAACAAACAAAAACCGGGCCCUUCAGGCCGGCAACGUCAAACUGUGCUUCGCGUCGUAUACAGUAGCCGGCACUGACUCCAAAGGAGAUGAUAAGGACAACCAGGACUGCCUGGUGACAGAGGUGCUUCGGCACGAGGUGGAGAAGGCGGAGCCGCCACUGGUGUGCCUGGCGGUAAUGGACGGGCACGGCGAGCACGGCGGACUGGCGGCGGCAGCGGCGGCCCAGGCCCUGCCCGCGUCCAUCCUGAAAGGCCACUCACAGGAUAGAGAGCCGGACCAGGUGCUGUCCGAGGCCUUCGCUGCCGCCCACGCCGCCCUGCUGAGCACCCCCGGGCUGGACUGCGGCGCCAGCGGCUGCACCGCCACUGUGGCGCUGGUGGUGGACGACGGACUGGUGGUGGGCAACGCCGGAGACUGCCGCUGCCUCGUGGGCCGUUUCGAGAGCCCCACCGAGGUGGUUACGUACGAGCUAACCAACGACCACACGCCCUGCCUCAUGCACGAGGCCAAUCGAGUGCUGGCGGCCGGGGGUCGCAUCGCCGCCUACGAGCUCAACGGGCGGCGGUUGGGCCCACCGCGUGUGUGGGCGCGCAAGGCCGACACGGGCCCGGGCCUGUGCAUCACGCGCUCCCUGGGCGACUUGGCCGCCAAGCGCCUGGGCGUGACGCACGUGCCCGAGCUGUGCAGCAUGCCGCUGACCGUAGACGACAGGUACCUGGUCCUGGUGAGCGACGGCAUCACCGAGUUCCUGAGCAGUCAGCAGAUCAUGGCCAAGGUGCACGAGUGGGCGUGUGUGGGCAACCCGCCUGACGAGGUGGCGAGGCGGCUGGUCCUGGAGGCUCGGGCGCAGUGGAAGAAGCACUGCGGCGGCGGCGGCGGUGCGGACAGUAGCAAUGACAGCGCCGGAGGUGGCGCCAUCAUUGACGACUGCACAGCCAUUGUAGCUUUCAUGGUUCUGGAUCCAGAGGCCGAGGCGCGGGCACAGGCGGCAAUGGAGGCGCGACGGAGUGUGGCGGAGCGGUCGAGUGGGCUAUUCGCUGGGGGACCGUUACCGUCUGCAGCAGGGGCUGGGCUGGGCGGCAGCGGUGGAAGGAGGAGCAGUGUGACGGCGAUAGCGCGUAGGCAGCGCGCGUCCGCACGGCGUCGCGAGCAGCGUGGGCUGCGGCAGCAAGGGCGGCACGGCAAGCAGCGGACAUGGGCCCAGUGGGCGGAGUUGCAAUGGAAGGCUGUUUGUGCGGUGCUGCCGUGGUCGCUGGCUGCACGGUCCAAGGGCAGGGUUAUGACGGUGUAGCUUACAGGGUGAUCUCAUGGUGGGCGUGAUAGGUGUGUAGCAAUUGCACGGGUGGGGUGGGUGGGAGGGCUGACGCCUGACGGCAGGAGGCUUUUGCAUGCAUGCCAGUGUGUACCUGUGUGAUUGGGUGUGGCGUGGAGUGGGUGUGCAGCAGCAGGGUGGAAGCCAGGGACCCUGGUGGAAGCGUUCGCAGGCCGCACGGGUGCUGGCCUAGGCUGCCCGUGCUGACCGUGCAGUGUGGCAGGUCCGUGCACGAGGGUCAUUGGUAGCAGCCUAGCAGGAGGACGAGGACAGGCAGUGUCAACGCAAAGCUGCUGCGUGGCUGUGUCGCGCCUGAGUUGAGGCGUGUGCGUUUGUGCGGUAGGUGCGCCCAGUUGGCUGGGCAAACGGUCCUGUGCGUGCUUCGUUGGUGUAGGCAGGUGCGAGUGGCAACCUUGAGAUUACGCAACAUCUCAUCCCUUGGGCAAUGUUGAUGCAAGAUUGCACCGAGGGAACAGAGCGAGGAAAGGACCUGAAGCAUG